UUUUCCUGCACAAUCUGGAGGCGCUGCACCCGCCUCGCAAUCUCCAGAAAGUCAGUGUUGCAAACGCACUCGACGUUGUGAACCGCGGCCGCGCACUAUGCCGGGAUGGAGCCCGCGGCCACCGGGCGCGCCGAGAAGAUGUUCAGCUACGUGGUCAGAGCCCCCGGCGGCGACGGGGUGGACGUGAUGAACGUGGACGUGAAGAUCGACACGACCUGGGUCUUCCAGGACGCGGAGGACAGCGGCGAGGAGCCGGGAUGGCGCCCGGAGGGAGCAGCCCUCGGGAGCCCCGACGUGGACACGGGGACGCUCCGGAGGCAGCUGGAGUCCUCCGAGCAGAAGCUGCUGGCAGCGGUGGACAAAUACGUGAGGUCGGAGUCUGGGCUCAGGAGCAGAAUCCAGGAGCUGGAGCUGUCGGAGCAGAAGCUCCUGCGGAGGGUGGACCAGCUGAGCGCCCGCGUGUGCCAGGAAAGGAGCGCCUCCCGCCGGGCCCAGGAGCAGCUGGAGGCGCUGCAGGGGGAGCUCGCCUGCCAGGUGCUGGAGCAGGAGCGCGCGGCCCGGCGGCAGCGGUGGCGGCUGCGGCGGCUGCGGGAGCAGCUGCGGCACAAGGACGAGGCGCUGGGGCAGCGGACGGCGGCCCUGGAGCGCUGCCGGCGGACCCAGCGGCGCGAGCUGGGCCUGGUGCGCGAGCAGGAGCGGGCCCUGCGGGCGCAGGUGCAGCGGCUGCAGCGGGACGUGGGGCGCCUCUGCCGCGCCGCGGGCCUCCUGCUGGCCGAGCUGGACGCCCCGGCCCCGGGCCCCGCCAGCUCCCAGGACCCGGCCAGCCCCCAGCGCGACCCGGACCCGGAUCCCGAGGAAGCAGAGGAGGUGCGCGCCCUGCAGGCGAGGGCCGAGCGCGGCGAGCGGGAGCGGGACGAGGCGGCGCGCCGGCUGCGGGAGCAGCGCGCCACGCAGCGCCAGCUCCGGGGGCAGCUGGAGGACCUCCGCUGCUGCAUCUACGGGCUGAAGCUGUCGGAGAUCGGCCUGCAGAGCCAGGUGGAGGACCUCGCCGAGCAGAACCGGCGCCUGCGCGCGGAGCUGGGAGCCCAGGCCCCGGGGGAGCCAGUGCGCGGCGCGCCCCCUGCUGGCCACGGGAGCCUGGUAAGUGGCGACACCCCGGGGCAGGAUGACCGCCAGGUGCCGGGCCUGGGAGCUGCUGGCCUUAGCAGCCCCUUGUCCCCGACGGGAACCUAUGUCCCUGAUGACAGUCUCAGCCACAGCUUCCAGGUCCCUGCUGCACACGCCGCUGCUCCCCGGCAGCCCCAGAGCCACCGGACCCCUGGUGUCUGUGGUUUCCGCACAGUCCCCCAAGGCUCGCCCGCCGAGGGGCCCUGCGCCUGGGGCGGCGUCGAGGCUGGACGAGGCCCCUUGGAGCUGGUGCCCGGCCUGGAGAUGGCAGCUGGGCUCCUGGGAGAGCUGGUGGCUGCUGACCGUGGACGGCCUGCUCCGGCUGAGCCCGCCCUGCACGGACAGACUGUCCUCCUGCUCUGUGGCUGCCCCUCGGGGCAGAGCGCCGACGCCUCCCUCCUCCCCGAGGAGCUGGCCUGGAUCUCCACGCAGAGGCCAGCAGCCGCCCCGGCCCAGGAGUCCCUCCUCCUGGUGCAGACGUCCGUGCUCCCUCCCUGGGGGCCCGCCGGAGGCCCCGCUGCCCUGCUGCUCCAGGCGGUGUUUCCAGAAGAGCCCCAAAUCCAACAGGGGCUGGACGUCGGGCCCCUGCCUGCUCCCCGAGCCAUGGACCACCCCCCGACAAGGAGCCACGGUGCCCCCCUCUGCUGGGAGGCCCCACAGAUUCCCCACCACCGCUUUCCUGGGACAGGGACAGGCCAUCUGAGCGGCCCUGGGGAGGAGGGGGGAGGAGCCCCGGAGUGGAGAGUGGAGGCGUGGGGGGCGAGGAGGACGCGGGGCAGGAAGGAGGAGGACCUCGGGGACAGGUGCUGGUGGCAGGAAAGCCAGGAGGACCCCAGCUUGGAGGACGGUGCUGGCGCCCUAGGAGGCCUGCAGGACACACACGGGGCUUCCGGUCCCCAGGCCUCCGCCUCCUGCCCUCGGCCCAGGCGGGACCUCCCUGUGCCUCUUCCGCAGCGGGAGGCCUCCCUGUCCACGGAGGGUCCCUCGUCCCUGGGCAGGAGGCGGCGGGCGGAAGGGCACGUGUGGGGCCUCCUGGGAGGGUUCCCAUCGGAGGAGGAGGAGGAGGAGGAAGAGGCCUCCGCAGCCGCCUCCUUCCGGGCUCCUGGUGCCAAAGGGCCGUCUCCACCCGGCGCUCAGCUCCUCCUCCUCGCGGAGGACGGGGCCCCCAGGAGCCCCCAGGGCCACGAGGACAGCGCUGCGUGGACUGCACCUGCCCUGCUGCUGCUGGAGGAACCGCCUGGGGAUGGGGGGCCCGGGCAGGAGGAGAAGCCGCUGUGUCUGGAAGGGUCCGGCGUGGGCUCCCAGGAGUGGGAGGAGGAGGGCACCCUCUUCCUGGUGGGAGAGGGCGGUUUGCUGUUGUCCCCCACAUGGGCCUUCCCGCCCGAGGGAGCCCAACCCACCAGGCCCCCCAGGCCCCCACGCGAAGGACAGGACGGGCCUGCGCUCACGAUAGACGCAUUCGCAGAGGAGAUGGAGACCUGCUUCCAGCAGCUGGCGGCCCUGCGGCGGGGGAGCGGGGGGUGGGGGCGCGAGGCGUCCCCGCUGGCGGGGGUUUUGGAGACCUGUCCUGCGAAGGAAGCAGGCCCCGAGGAGAGUCGUGAAGACGUUAGGCCGGGAGAGACCGAGGCCCUGGGAACCGGCCAAGUUCUCCCAGGGGUGGGGCCUGAUUUGGGGGAUCUGUGCCCCGGCCCAGGGGGGCCCUCGGAGCUGGGCCAGAGCCCCCGUCCGCCGCCAAGAGCCCUGGAGAGAGCCAGGAGGCGGUUUCGUCAGCUCGUCUCCGGACUGAAGGAGGAGAGAAGCCGAGUUUUACACGACAACGUCCGGCUUCAGCGAGACCAAGAGAGAUGCCACCGAAAGAUCCGGGCCCUCCGGACGCAGAGCGAGCGGCAGGCGAGCAAAGUGUCCGGGCUGGAGCAGGACAACGGGGCGCUGCGGGGCGACAUCUCCCGCCUGCGGAGGGAGCUGGACCAGUACCUGCAGCUCAUCGCCGACCUGGAAGACUGCAACGCGAGGAGCUACCGCAAGAUCUCCGAGCUGGAGGCGGAGAACGAAGGCCUGCGCCGGGGUCUGGGCCGGCUGCAGACGGCCGUGUCCGCGGACGCCCGGCGCUGCCGCGGCCUCAUGCAGGGCGCCGUCCAGGAGAACCGGGAGCUCAAGGCGCUGAUCUCGGAGCUCGGGCUGGGCUACAGAGAGCUGGUCAAGGACGUGGUGCUGGGAAUAGAGGACAUGAUCGGGGCCCUUCGCGGGGAGAACACGCACCUUCUGCGCAGGAUCCGGGUCCUGGAGAGGGAGGUCGCCCUGGGGGUGAGCUCAGAGGCGGGGCGUCCGGGGGGAGCAGCGCAGCGCCCCCAGGGAGAAAGCCAGGAGGCGGUGGACAAGGUGGGGACUGUAGAAAGGGCGGUGCAGGCGAGUCCGCCGUCAGAGCCGCUGACCGCGCGAGUCCACGGGCCGCCCUGGGAGGAGGGCCCUUCCUCGGGCACAGAGGGUCCCAGGUGCGGAGCCGGGGCGGCCACUCCGUCGCCGGCCGGGAGAAGGGCUGAUGUGUCCGGUGCCCUGCGAGGAGACCUCCACGGGAUGGGAGUGAAAGAGGCACAGCUGGGGAGAGAGGAGGAAGGACCGCGGCGUUCUGCAGCCCCAGGGCCGGCGCUCAGGCCCCUGGGCAGCGGCCACCAGCCCCAGGACGCCGAGGCCGAAGCGGAGACCCCGGAGGACGACCUCAGGCUGCGCGUCCGGCGGCUCCGCCACCAGGUGCUGACCCUGCAGUGCCAGCUCAGGGACCAGGCGUCCGCGGGCUGGCAGCUGCAGGCGGCCCGCGACCAGGCCCUCCGUCGCCGGGACCAGCUCCAGGGCCAGGUGGACGAACUUCAGAAAAAGCAACAUGAGGCAGUCUUGGCUGUGACCCCUUUGAAGGCCAAGCUGGCCUCCCUGGUCCAGAAGUGCCGGGACAGGAACCACCUGCUCACGCGCCUGCUGCGGGAGCUGUGCCGCCACGGGCCGGCCGAUCGCCUGCUCUGCCAGACGGUGCGCAGCAUGGUGGACGACGUGGCGCUGGCCGAGUACACAGCCACCUUCCUGGCUCCCGGGGUCCCAGAGUCACCGUAUAGCUCCCUUGGGUCAUGCAGGAUAACUGCGGGGUGUCUCUUCUUCCAGACCAGCCGCCACCCGGCCCUGGAGCAGGAGACGCCGGCGGCUGUGACAGCUCAAAACUCUCUCCUGAACCCUGAAGUGGACAGCGCCCUCCCGAGACCGUGGCGUCCUGAGCCCUGGCCCGUGACUGAGGCGGAGUGGCCAGCACUGACAGCGCGACUGGAUCCUCUGGAGCCUCCCUGGCCUCCGGGGCCGACGCCUGAUCCUGGACCUCGCCCGGCCGUGGCCACUGAGGCGCCGGGACUCCCCGUGCAGUGUCUGCAGGAGAGAGGCGGGGUGUCCUGCGCGGCCCCCCAGGCUGCCGGCCCCCCGCCCCCCGAGCUGCGGAGCCCCGCCCGGAUCCUGGCCUUCCACCGGGAGCUCGGCCGGAGUGUCCGCGGCUGCCCCCGGGUCACCGAGUCGCCGCUGGAGCUGGAGCUGGAGCCCUCGCCGCCGCUCCGGCCGCCCCGCGGGCUGUGAGUGUGGGAUGCGGAGCCCUCCGAGGCGCCGUGAGCGAUCGCAGCCUCGGAGCCCGGCUCGGCGGCCAGUAGUCCUGCCUGGGCGGCCUGUGGUGGUUGUCAGAGCUCAAGGGGAGCCCAGGACGGGCCCUGCAAAUGCGGAGCGGCUCGGCUUUGGCCAACGCGGGGCAGCAAAGGGGGUGCUGACUGGACCCAAACCCACCCAGUGACUGGC